AUGAAAUUAUGGUGCCUGUUUGUCGUAUUUUUAAUAGUUACCAUCUCGACAUCAUUUGUUUAUACUACUGAUUCUAAUAUGAUAUUAAAUCCACCAGAAAAUAUCAAACAAACCCCAUCAAAUUUAAAAUUAUCAUCUUUCAUGGCAAAAAAUCGAUCAGUUGCCAAACGUUCACAACGUAAUGCAAAUAUUCUCUAUCGAUAUUGUCGUCAAUCUGGUCAAGCACGACAAUUCUGUCUAAAAUAUGCUGUUCGAAUGAUAUAUGCUACGGGACAUUAA